AUGGGAUCCACUGUGGAGCCAACGGAAGCAAAGACGAGCACCUUUGAUGUGGGAGCCGAGGAUGAAGAUGAAGCUCGGUCGACUAACCAAAAGAGCAACUCUUCAAUGCUCAAGUUUCUUACGGAGACACAAUUGGAAAAAUGGAACUGUGCAUGGAUGGCGCAGAUGAGGAAAGUCACCCCCGAUGCCUUACGAAGCCCCUCUCGCCUGGACUCGAGCCUCUCCCUGAUGUCCCUGCGGCAGGAGAUGCUCAGCAGCCUGGUGUCUGCUCUGGACUCUGUGUGCACAGCCAUGUCCAAACUGAAUGCAGAGGUGGCCUGUGUCACGGUGCACGAGGACAGUGUGAUCGCGGUGGGCACAGAGAAGGGACGAGUUUUCCUCAAUUCAAGAAGAGAAAUCCAGACAGACUUCUUCAAAUUCUGCCGUUUACCGUGUGUUCAAACUCAGAACACCAGCUCCCACACCAAAGACCAGGACGGAGACCAGAUCAAAUCCAAAAGCUCUGAGCAAUGUCAACCUCGAACCUCAGACCAGUCCAACAUCGCUGUUCUGAGGAAGAUGGUGGAAGAAGUCUUCACUGUUCUCUACAGUGAUGCGCUGGGGAAGAGCAGCCUUGUCCCUGUGCCUUACGAGUGGAUCCAGAAGAACCCAGGGUGUGUGGUGGCUUCAGGAUUACCAGAGGGAGUGACUCUGCGGAGACCGUCUGAGUACGACAGUAAAACCCUCAUGCGGAUUCUGGAGCUGAGCCACUGCCUCCACUUCAGCGUCCAGAGGCCAGCCGAGGACCUGACGCGGGAACUGCCAUGCAACUCGUCCACCUCUGCCAUUACCACGGGCAGCCCAGGCCACGGGAAGACCUCUGUCCAGUCCCCACUUACAGACCUGUCUCCGUCGAACAGGGCCUUGUCUAACUUCCUAUACGGCAUGCCCAUGUCCUCCAAGGCUCACCACGACGGCAAACAUGAUGUCACACCUCUGUCCUUGCUCAGCCUCAGCAAAGACAGACACAGCAGAUGCCCAGGAACCAAGACGAUCGCUUUCAAAGACUGCGGCAGCAGCGAUGACGUUUCUCGACCAGGAGAACACUGCCACAGUCCGCCCAGCGUCCACAUCUCCAAACGACUGCUGUUCUCCAUCGUGCAUGAGAAAUCAGACAAAUGGGACACUUUUCUGAAAGAAACUGAAGACAUCAACACGUUACGAGAAUGUGUGCAGAUCCUGUUCAACAGCAGAUACGCUGAGGCUCUGGGCUUGGAUCACAUGGUCCCCGUUCCCUACCGUAAAAUUGCCUCUGACCCGGGAGCCGUGGAGAUCGUUGGUAUCCCUGACCAGAUCACUUUCAAGAGGCCGUGCACUUACGGAGUCCCCAAACUGAAGCGUAUACUGGACGAACGCCACGGAAUCCGAUUCAUUGUGAAACGAAUGUUUGACGACCGGAUCUUUACAGCCGGAGGCAAGAUCAGCAGAGAGGAUGCGAAGCACGACCUGGAGCCCACGUCUGACGAGGGCUUUUCUGAUCAGUUACCUGCUGCGACUGUGGCUGAGCUGAUGAGCCAUCCACAGAGCAGAUCAACAAGUGAAUGUGUCAGUCCGUUGAUGGAGUGUGAAAGUGGUUACACAGUAGACAGUAUUUCUUUGAAGAGGAUUAAAUCGGAGCCACCGGACAGUAUCGUUCUGCAGGUCACAGCACACGAAGCCAGCAGCAGUAUGGAGGACAGCACCGAGUCUUUGGAGACCGCCUUCUGUCUCACAGUUCCUCCCCCCCUCCCCCAUGCCCCUCCUCCUCCUCUUCCUCCUCCCCCCUGUCCGCCGGAGAACCACACGGGUAACUCUGGGCCCGGUAAAGACCCGUCUCCGAACACUGUCCCCGGAGUCCGACACUUAUCUGAAGCUGGAACUUCAGAGGAAGACUUUAGUGAGAUGAUUCUUCAGCUCCGGAGACAAGUGGACUGUCUUUUUAGCACAAAGUACGCUGAGGCCCUGGGUCUGCGGCAACCGUGUAAAGUCCCGUACUCCAAGUUCCAGAUGUACCCAGAGGAGCUGUACGUCACGGGGCUGCCCCACGGGAUCUCUCUACGGAGACCCAACUGCUUCGGAGUGGCCAAGCUGAAGAAGAUUCUGGACGUUGGCGCCGACAUCCAGUUCGUCAUCAAAAGGUCUGAGCUGCUGACGGAACAAGUCAAGUCAGAGCCCAUCCCAGACUCAGAUCACGAUGUAACGAAUACCACUGCCUGUGAGGAUGCUGCUUACACGACGAGGCCCGGCUUCUCUGAGUGCCUAGAAUCUAAACUGUCCCGGAUCGACUUGGCCAACACUCUUCGAGAACAGGUCCAGGAUCUGUUCAACCGAAAGUACGGGGAGGCGUUAGGCAUCAAGUACCCCGUUCAAGUGCCUUACAAGCGGAUCAAGAACAACCCCGACUCCAUCAUCAUCGAGGGCCUGCCUCCGGGGAUCCCCUUCCGGAAACCCUGCACGUUCGGCUCCCAGAACCUUGAACGGAUUCUGGCUGUGGCCGAUAAGAUCAACUUCACCGUCACCAAACCGUUUCAAGGACUCAUUCCAAAGCCAGCUCCACGUCGCGUUUCUCUAAUGAAGAAGGCUUACAGUUUGAUCUCAGAUGAGGAGAACGUUGGUCGAAUGGGGGACAGAGGGCUGCUGCUGGAGCAAGUUCGAGAGCUCUUCAACACCAAAUAUGGUGAGGCGCUGGGGAAGGGCAGACCGGUCCUGGUCCCGUACAAACUGAUCCAGGGCAGUCCUGAAGCCGUGGAGAUCUGUGGCCUUCCAGACAACAUCUCCUUCAAAAACCCAAACUCCUACGACCUGACGAGUCUGGAGCAGAUCCUGGAGUCCAGCCACGACGUCUGCUUCAACAUCAGACCGGACUUUCUGCCGACGGCAGAGUUCAGCGAUCAGACAGACGUUUAUGCAAAUCAACGGAAACGGAAAAGAGUCCAAGAAAGCGGCCAUGUUCUCUCCUCCUCGGACCUGGGGAAACCAGCCAACGAGAUUCCAGUUAUGCAGUGGCCUAUGUACACAGUGGACUACAGCGGGGUCAAAGUGUCGGUCUCUGGGAAAGUCAACAAUUAA